AAAAUUGGAAAAUGAAGUCAAAGUGGGUAGAAGUGGUUAGUCAGUUGGGUAAUAUUUAUGCAAUUUUGAUUUGUUGCCCAAUUGAAUGAAAAACAACUUGUGACCAUGGAUGAAGUAAGACGAGUGUCAGUGUCUGCCAGCUGUCCAGAUAUGGGCAAAAUGUUGCCAUGGGACACCUUUGACAACUGGGUGCAUGCCAUCUGCGUUGUCACAUUUGACUUGGAGCUAGGACAAGCCAUGGAGUUGGUGCUGCCGAGCGCCAGCCGCUUGGGCGACCAGGAGAGGAGCAGUGUCUGCUACCUGGCCUUCCCCGACUCCAACUCGGGCUGCAUGGGCGACACGCCGUUCUUCUUCCGGAUGAUGCGCUCCGCCGAGGAGGCCACCCGGCUCUCGGACGUUCAGCUGAGGUACAAUUCACAAUGUCCUCCAAGCCUUCAGAUCGACAGUGCGUUUUUGUACGGUUUUGCAUAUUUUCGCCAAGUGAAGGAUCGCUCAUUACGUCGCGGCUAUUUUCAGAAGUCUGUGGUGCUGCUGACGCGGUAUCCGUUCGUCAACCUGUUCACCAAAGUGAUGGAGCUGGUGGCGCCCGAGUUCUUUGACGGCGACGGCUCGACGGCGCCGCUGGAGGCGGCCUGUGCCGACAUUGACCGCUGGCCGGAGCCGGUGCCGGGCCACUCGCUGGCACUGCCCGUCCGCGGACACACCUUCCAGGUGCGGCUGCCGGCUCAGGAGGACAAGCUACUGCCGUGCGCGCCGCUGCCGCGGCGGCCUUCUCGUCCGGCCGCCGCCAGCAGCUCCGUGGUGGCCAGCGUGGCCGAGCCGGAGCUGUUCACGGCGCUGCAGCCGCUGCUGGCGCACGCGCAGCUGCUCUGGGAGCUGGUCAUCACGGCCGAGCCGCUGGUGGUGAUGGCUCCCACGCCGGCUGUCAGCAGCCACGUGGUCCAGGCGCUGGCCAGCCUGGUGUGGCCGCUGCGCUACUGCGGCGACCACCGACCGUUCUUCACCAUCCACGACACCGACUUCAAGGAGCUGACGCAGCUGGGCAGCAACCAGGCGCCGCCGCCCGUCAUCCUGGGGGUCACCAACCCGUUCUUCGCCAAAACGCUGCAGCACUGGCCGCAUAUCCUGCGACUCGGCGAGAGCCCGCCCGCCGCACGUAUGACAAGCAGUCAGUUGAAAAACAAGACAAAGAAAGGAGGUUCGUUGAAGACGCUAGACGGAAAGCCCGGCCUCUACACCCAGUACAAACCAUUUCUACAAAAGGACAAGAGUCUGGAGAAGCGUCUGUGGAGCGGCCAGCAGACGGAGCGACCGCAGGAGGUGCAGAGCGCCCUGCUGCGCCGCUACCUGCUCGAGCUGACGCAAAGCUUCGUGCUACCCCUGGAGCGAUACAUCGCCACACUGAUGCCGCUGCAGCGCAGCAUAUCGCCCUACAAGGCGGCUCCCGUGAUGCGGCCGUUCGAUCCGGACCAGUUCUGUGAGAGACUGGCGGACUCGGGCCCGCAGCUCACCACUGGCAUCAAAGGCGACUGGGUUGGCCUGUACAGACGGUUUUUCCGCUCAGCAAACUUCAGCCACUGGUUCAACGAGCGGCACGACGAUAUCAGUCGAAAACUGAGGGCGCUGCACCUGGAGGCUCUCAGUGACGCCGACGUGCUGAGCUGGGUGAAGGGCCGGCCCGAGGUCGAGGUGGUGGACCUGGUGCUGCGACUGCGCCGGAAGCUGGCCGAGGCCGGCGCCGACCGGCUGCCUGUGCACGCCACCACCCUCUCCAAGCUGCGGCUGCACCUGCACGACGUGCUGCGCAGCCUGCCCGAGGACGUGCGCGCCGUCCUGAAGCCGCCCAGCUGACCGCGCCGGGCCGGGGGCCGCGGACGACUCGUCACCCAGGGCAGCCGUGACCGCCGCGCCAUGCGCCGCCGCGGACCGGUCACUGGGGCAAAACCUGGUUUGCACGCGUCUCUCCAGUCCCAGAUCGGCGCCCCCCAGAAAAUCGCCGCAGCGCCGCGUCCACCCGCUGACCACCGAUGGACCACUUCCUGCAGAGGGCCGCCAGCACCGCCGGCCGCUCUGGGGACGGAGCCUGCCCGUGGGCGGUGCCAGACCGCGGCUCUACGGACGGCGCGGGGCCCGGCAGAAACGACGGGGCCCUAGUUAUCGCCACCGGGGGCGGCACGUGGCGGCGCUUCUCACGUUCGGCGGCGCACUCUGUCUCGAGUCUAUAUACAUCAUCACGGAGUGCUGCAUUGUCUGCAGAUAGAUUUCUUUUGACCACGACAGGCCACGCCACAUAAGAUUUUUGCCAGAGACGUUUCAACGUGUCCCUCGCACGACCACCUCGCUUGGCACCCAGUGCUGAUUUCAAAUUGUAUACAAUGCUCGAGAGUCGUUUCCGAUUUUCAUCAUCUACUUCUACAUCAAUUCCAUACCUCUGAAGCUUAGCUUCAAGCUUCUCAAGAACAUCCGAACUUGGACUAUCUUGAUAAGCUUUUACCAGCCACAAAUAUUUACAUGAACAACGUUUUCCUUGAAUAUAUAGCAUGUCUGUACAGAAGUGAUUUUCCCUUUUCUUAUUUUCUGUUUCGUUCAGUCAGCUGUCACCAGCACGGGCAGCUGACUCUUCGCUCAUCAGCCCCGCUACCUGCGGAGCCGAAAGACGAUUUUCCAACGCUCUGGGGAUUUGCUUUUGGUGAAACCGCCUUCGUUUAACUUGAACUCAGUCCACCGGCGCAUCUUCUGUACUUUCACUUCAACAUCCGCCUUCGUCACGUAGUUGAAGUCUCCGUUUUCAUUGAUAAUGCGGAGGUUCCAGAAAUUACUGUAGUUUUCGCUGUAUUGAAGAAUGGUCUCAGCAGAUUGAAACAAAAUUGUGUACUCGUAUAGCAAAUUCCACAAUAUGAUUGUAGGCGUUCGGCUUCGCUCUUCGGUCUAUGAUGGAGUUGAAUCAGCUUCUAAGCUGCUACCAGGCCAGAACUAUGUGAUGGCCUUUGAAAAAUGAAUAAUUUUCAUCAAUAAUAUAGACGUUUGAAUUAAAAAUGCUACAUGAAGGAGCAAGGAAGUAAUGGAACAAAGCAACUAACUAAACCAUUAUCAUGACUGAAAAGGCCAAAGGAAAAUAUAAACCUUUGAUUGAGUACCCAUGUGUUGAAAAACAUAUACAUUUAUUUUGCACACAAAACCUGCAGAACUCUAAUCUCUUGCAGUUUUCACCUUCUCUGAUCUUCCGAGGCACGCCUGAAUUAAUCUAAAUGAUCAUAUGGCGUCUACAAAACCCGUGGCUUUCAAUGCCGUACUUUCGAUUCCACUGCCUUUAUUAGAUAGCUUAGAUAGAUAGCUAAAACAUAACGUAUAAGUAAAAGCAUAAGUAUAAGUAUAUACUUACACAUCAAGUGUACUCAUACUCAUACUCAUACUCAUGCUCAUACUCAUACUCAUACUCAUAAGUCAUACUCAUAAAAACCGUGCUGGAAGUGCUACCAUAUCCAUUUCACGCCCUUCAUACGGUCAGGCCCUGGAACAUGACCAUUGACCAGUCGCUCCAGAAAAUCUGUAAAUAACCCUUCCGGUUCAGUAUCCCGUGCACCGCGAAAAACACCGAAAUUAAAUAUUUUUAUAUUCAAAUGAUAUCUGUCUGAAAACACAAAUGAUUCCAGUGUUAUAGAGCGGCACGGCACAAUACGGGUGAUGUCACAUGCUGGGACCAGUCAGCCGGGCUCCUGUUGAGAGGCGGCUCACCAGAUCAAGUGUAUCGUACCUGGCUGUGCGUGUGUGUGUCGCACUGGACUGUGUGUAGCGGAUCGAGUCCUGUGUGUGUGUCUGAUGUGACCGUCUGUUUCAGACAGAUGAACGCAGGAAGUGUUCGUGAAAUGCGCGUGUUAGAAUGUGUUCCCGUUGACUUACUCUGAUAUGCCCGUGUACCUGACAAGCAGAUGUGCUAUAUUACUUAAUUUAGUUGUCUCAUUUCUAAUAAAAGCUGUCGAGGUUGUGGUAACCUGGGACAGGAUGUAAUA